UGAAUCACGUGUUCGUUUUUUUUUGGGUUUUUUGUUAAUUAAUUGAGUUUCUGGCGCAAAAUGCUGCUGUUGCACCUGCUGCUCUGGCCAGCACUAAUAGCCAGUGUCCCCUCGCCGCCCUCCGCUUCCCUUAAAGCCGAGGUAGCCAAACUGCGUGGUGAACUAGAAAAAGCUCUGGAGGAAGGCGACGAAGCAACUCCGGCAGUGGUGGUGGCUCCCGGAUGGACCCAGCAGGCUGGUCACCCGCCCCCUGGGAACGCCUCCAAAGUGGUGGUGAACGACUCCACGCUGGGCAGCGCCGCCAUUAUUCGUCAGGAGAUUCAGCAGGCGGUGGCUAGCCAGGGACAAAGCCCAGAAAUCCUGCAGUUGGAGACGCUGCUAAGGGCCAGGGGAAGUACCAAGGGGAACCCGGCCCAGGUAGCCAAUCCCCGCCAGGAGUUGCUGGGGGCAGCCGGCCAGGAUGGCCAACUGGCAGCCAAUGUGGUGGAAUCACGCUUGGCAACGCAGAACAUCGAUUUGGAGCAACUGCAGCGCUUGGAGCUGUCCAAGAGGCGCACGCGCGACAUGAUCAUCCUAGGUCGCAUAGAGGAGUUGCUAAACUUCAGCCUGCCCGCGGAUGUGGAUCGCUGGCUGACCCUGCAGGCCAAUGGAAGUGUCUAUCUAGUGGGCCAGCAGACGGAUUGCUUCCUGGUUCUAACUGGGGAAUUCAUCCCCUUGACGACCUAUGUCCAUCCCUCUCCCGUGACUGCUUUACUUGGACUGGAUCGGUGGAACAACCGGAAACAUGUGCAGGAGGGACUGGUGGUGAUUGCCUCCCAAGAUCAGCUCAUCUGGCUGCGCUUGGAACCCAGAUCGGGACUCACAGCCUUCUGGCACUGGACACUGGGCUUGACUUCGACCAAGAUAAGCGCCUUUAGCCUGGAGAGACGGGACUUCCUGGCCCUCGUCAGAAACCACACGCUCAGCAUUUACGCUUAUGACCUGGAGGCGGAGGAGUUCUGGAUUGCGCAGCGCCUGCAGCUGCCAGAGACGAUCUCUGACUUGGCCAUCCUCGAUACAGGCAGGGAACUGCUUCUGGCUGUGGGUCAGUGGGAUGAGGUCCUAAUAUACGCCUGGAACUCCAAGGGAGAGCCGCUUCAGCUGCGCCAGCGAGUUCAAGCACCUGAAGUGACUGCCAUGACAGCCUUCCAAAUGGGCGGACGGAGCUAUCUGGCGCUGGGCGGGAUACUGCCCCAGAUCCUGGUAUAUAUGCAGGGUAAACUUGUACCACGCACCAUACUCGGACAGAACUUUGGCUUUGUAGAGCACUUCUUACCCGUGCCCGUGCGCAGUUACCGAGAUGACCUACUCCUGCUCGUCCAACAUCGAGUUGACUUCGAUCCACAUUCCCUGCUCGUUCUGGAGGUCCUAGUGUGGAAUGGGGAUGCCUUCGAGGCGGGCUUGCCGCCACCUUGUGGUGCAACCAAUACCUAUGGCGCAGACUGCAUGCUGGACCAGGAACAGGGUGUUGGCAUCGUAGGAGCGGCCUUGCUUCGCCAAUUGGAUCAGCCGCCUUUGGUGCUGGUGCCCAGGAAGCAAGCUCCGUCGAGCAUCUUUCAUCUGAAAGCGCAGCUGUUGGUAAGAAAUUCGGAGACACAAGACCUGCAGGAGAUACGCCAGUUCAUGCAGGAUUGGUUGCACACUCAGGAGGAGCUGAUUCAACUAGUCGGGGAGCUCUUUAUGGAGGAGGACCAAGAUAGUGUGCCCUACGAGGCGGUAUUUACUCCUUUGGUGGUCAGCGAAGGCGGAACCAUUGAGGAACUCUUUGUGAACGAGACCCGCUGGACGGGUGCGGAUGCUGCUCUGAAUAUGUGGGAACUGCUUGAGCAGAUUGGCUUGUUGGACGAGGAACUCAGUUCCAAACGGUCGAAGCGCCACCCUGAGGCGCUUUUCAACUAUCACUACGAACAAUUGGAGGUGGAAGCCAUUGAAUCUGUGGAACUUAUCUUAGAGCGGCUCAACAAUGCGCCUUUCUACAUUCAAAACGCCUCCCUGGAGUUUCCGUUGGGAACCUUAAAUGUGCAGCAAUUAGAAGUAUUGAAAUCUCCUAGGGAGGAGGUUGUUUCAGUGGAGGGCAUAGAAUCCCACGCGGCUCUGCAGCUGGCUGGGGAUUUGAACUGCAUUUUUAUUAAUGGAAUGGAGUGGGACAAACUGCUUCCAGAACUCGUGUGGCGCCAUCAGCCCCUAAAGCUUUUUCAGUUAAAUGUGGAAGGACCUGUCAUAUACGAGGAUGCACUGCAUGUGAGCUCUCUCAACGACCUGAGCUUCCCAGCAGAUUUUCUUUGGUCGCAGCAAAAUGAAACAAGUGUUGUCCAGGCGCCUAAGGAGUUUACGCAAACGCUCUCUACCAAUGCUGUGGACACUUCAGGCACCAUAAACGCAGUGAAUCCGCAGGAUAUCGUCACCCUCAGUGAUUCGCAGGACUGGAUGGGGCGGGUCACCUUCUCUCACUUGGAGGUUUCUGAAGAAUUGGAGCUUAGCGGCAGUACCAAGGGACGCCAGUUCGGGGAAGCGCCUUUAAAUCCCACUCUGCUGGAGUCGCGUAAAAUAUUUGCCGACUGCCAUUUCGACCAGCUUUUUGUAAGGGGACCUGUACGGCUGCUUGGAAAACUGGAUAACGACAGCUUUGACUCCCUUUUCGACGAUCUUGUCCAGCGUUCGCCUGACUUCGGCAAUGAACUGCUUAUAGCUGGAGGCAAGCGGGUGGAUCAGCUUCUCCUGCCAGUGGAUGCCCAUGUGGCAGAUAGUCAGCUGAGUGGGAUUCCCCUUAAUGACUUUGUAACCAGGCAUACGCAGCAAACUCUUCGAAAUCUGACUCAACUAGGAGGAUAUGUUUACUUUCAUCAGCUGGAGCUUGGUAAGGGCUCCUCCUACGAUGGAGUUCGCCUGCAGGAACUUCUCUCUAACAGUGUGCGACUGGAUGGGACAUCGCCUCUGAUUUCGCUUCUCACGCGUCUCCGAUUUGUUGGUUAUCCUCCUGAACUCACCCGACUCCUGGUGGAUCGCCGCUUAAACCAGCUUCCCCUGUCCAGUGGCUACCAGCUGCUCCAUGAACCGAUCCAUCUGAACACAGCCAACUUCAAUCGCCUGGAAGCAGAGCAAGCUCAAGUGAACCGUGAUGUGACUGGAAGGGGACUCGUCAACGGGCAAAACCUAAGCAAUAUACUUCACAAGCAACCGCGCACUUGGUCAGGUGAAGUGCACAUUCAGGAGCUCAUCCUCCCCCAGGGAGUGCAAGCGAACCAACUGCAGGGUAUAAAAGCCAACCUUCUGCUGGGAUUUCUGCAGCAGCUGGACGAGCUCCCGCUGCUGAUUCUCCAGGGUCGCCUCCAGGUUGAGCGCAUCGCCGUGAGCGGCUUCGUGCAAGUGGCGGAAGCCUUAAACACGAGGGAUUUAAAUGAAAUUCAACGGCAGGUGGUGUGGUUGGAUAGACCCAACGAACUAAGAACUCGUUGGAUCCUGAGGGAGCCUCCCCAGUUCCAGAGAAACCUCCAUAUCUUGGGCAGCUUCAACGAGCGCCUGCUCCCGGAAUUGCUAGAAGAUAUCGUACUGCGGUCCGAGGGGCAAGAGGUGCUAAUCAAGGGUACCAAGAGCUUCCUGGCUCCCGUACACUUGGAGGAACUUCAUUUGGCUGCUUUAAACGGGAUUCCCUUCGAGCAUCUGGCCAACAAAGUGAAUCCGCUAAACCUCACUGGAUAUGUUCGGCUUCAGGGACGACUUUUUGUGGAAGAUCUAACGCUAAAUGGUCAACUGAACGAGGACACGGAUUCCCCCUUUCAAAUUGAAAAACUUCUCCGUUGGGAUCCGAUCUUGCAAACUUUCAUCCAGCGGAGACUCGUUGAAGUUCCACCAAAGGAGCUGGAGCAUCUGGUGGUGCGGGGCCACCUGGGAAACCGCAGCCGGGAGCCCCUACAUGAGCUCUUCGAUCAGCUGGUCUUCAAGCAGCAGCCUGGGAUUCAUCUACACGACCACAAGACUUUUACGGGGCGUGUUCGCAUCGAGGAUGGGGCCUACAUAAAUAUCUUUAAUAGACUUGAUCUGCAGCAGCUCCUGGGACAACUUGUCUUUACAGAUUCGAAGGAGGAGGUGGAUUUGGAGACUCCUGUUCGCUUCGCGGCUGCCGUUAAGAUGGCUCAUCUGCAGGCAGAGCGCCUUAUGCUCUCGGGGGAGCUGCUUGAUGGAUGCAAUGUGAGCCAGUGGCUCCGGGACACGGCUCGUGUGGAUCACGAUUUUAAACCGCGCAAGCUUGCCUUCUCGCAAGGAUCACUGGACGGGAAUUCCCUGAACUUGGAGGAGCUUAAUCAUGUGGAUAUGUCGCAAGUUGUCACCCGACACACGGAGCAACACUUAAAUGAUCCCAUAAGUGCACAAGACCUUUUCCUAGAUGGGAAACUGGUUGUGUGGGGCAGGGUUAAUAAUCGAAAUCUAUCUGAGGAGUACGCCAACACUUUAAUGCAGAUUAAUCCUCAUAUGAAGCAGCGCGUGCAGUCGCCCCUUUUUAUGUCCGGCAUAAAUGUCAGCGGAUCCCUAAAGGUUACUUCUCUCGUUAAAGGACUAAACCUGAGCGAUGUAGCCAUUUUGGGUCCAGAUCCUGUGCGCUUGCAGUCGCCGCUAUAUUUGGCCACCCUCAAAGCCCCCUUUUUAAGAGCAAAUCAGAACCUUAACGGAUUUGCUUUCAGGGAUUGGUACGAUCGCAGCCUAUGGGCGCAGGGUAGAGAGCAACAGGAGAUCACCGGUAACUGGCGUGUUAAGAAGCUCCGUGUUAAGCAGCCAGAUGGGUUGCGACCACGUCGACAAAGUGCUCAGGAGAGCUACCGGGAGUUGUGCGAGGAACUGACCAGGAUUCUGCUGCCGUAUCAAGUUCAAAAGUUGCGAAAGAGUUUCUCCUUGAAGCAGGAGAAGGAUCACGGGGAUGUGCGUCGGGUAUUUUCGUUGGAGGCACCAGGAGGCAUAAGUUAUCUACUGAUAAACGAGCACGGCUGCUGGACGCGCAUCCAUCGCUGGAAUGGAUCUUCGUUCGACCGAUCUGGAGCCUUUCAAAGCGGACCUGUGGACGAGGUAGCUGCUUUAAGAGUGGGAAACAAAAGCAGCAGCCAGGAGUUCGCUUUUAUGACUAGCUACGAGAUGCCGGAGGAUGAGCACGAGGCCAGCUGGGGUUGCAGCGAACUGAAGCCCAAUCUCUUGAGCUGGCAAAUUGACAACCAAACCAAAGAUACUAAGCAGACGUAUAUACCAGGGAACACCUUAAGGAAUCUCAAAGAGCAGCACGAGAAGCUCAACAGUCGGCCAUUGGCGAUUCCCAGUUAUCAGCAGGGUAUCAAGAAUCUUAACCGCCCAACCAUCGAAUCCCAGAUGGGUUCAAAAUGGCAAGAGGAAAAACAGAAAUUAGAUCCCUCGGAUCUGGCCAGGAUUCGGAGACGCCUGCUCGACACUUUGGAGUUCCGGUUGCAGGCGGAGGUGAAUAUCACCCAGCUGAGUAUUCCCGAAAGCGAUCUUUUCGACGAACACUUGGUAGAGGAUUUCCUGGCGCUAAUGCGGCAGCUGCAUAGCUUGCGGAACCGGCUGGCGACGGACAGUCUUCCACUGCCGGACACUCCUGCCAGAGUCCUGGCAGCAAGGAGUGCGGAGCUCAUAUGGCCUGUGCUGCAAGAGCUGCGAGGGAUUUCGAGUGAAAACGGCACCGGGUUCCAAGAACGAGCUCUCGAGCAAACGCUGCUAGAUGUGCUGGCGCUGGCCAACGAUGGAAAUGGCUCCGGGGAUGACGAGAAGCUGCAUGCUGUGAUUCAAAGAUUGAGAAGACUAAAGGAUGAGCUUUAUGAGCAAGAUGAGAGCCCAGAGGAACCGGCAGCCUCCUCUUCGCACAAAGAAGAGCAGUCCCUGCCACUUCCAAACGCCAGCUGGCGGCCUGUUAAAACCCUCCGUCUGCAUGUAGGACCCACAAACCGGGCCCUGCUGCUCUACGCCCGCCUGACCGUGCUGACACCCUCGGAUGGCCCUCCCCCCACCACACCCUCAACUGCCCCGGCUGCCAACAUUCAGCUGCAUCAUGCGAAUGGAUCACUCUUUCAAUCGCUGGCCGCAGAGCGUGGAGCUGGCCAUCUAACCACUUUGCGAGUGCGCGAUGAGACGCUGCUGGCCUUUGUGGAGGGAUGUUGUUGGAUACGGGUGCUGCUCUACCGCGGAGUGCAGGGAUUCGUCGACUUUUCCCGUUUUCGCGCUCCUCACACUGACGGUGGGAACCAAGAUGGAGAGGUGUUGCAACUACUAUUUCUCCGAUUGCCUCUCCCUCGGGCGCCUGGAGCCACGUACUCCUUGGCUUUGGUCCAGGCCAGAGGCGUCACCUUCUACGAACUGGUAAUAGUUGGAUUACUAGAACCGUGGCUUAAAUGCACAUAGCUGAACGAUUUUUCCAGAGAAAACAACAUCGAUGUGGAUGAAAAUGUACAGAUUAUACCAAUAGUUAAAUCCUAUUUAUGAGGAUCCUUCCGGUAAAACUUUAUAUAACUUCUCAUAUAUUUACUUGUUUUUUAGUUGUCAA